AUGGACUACAAUCUAUUAUCAUAUAAGUUGGUUUUUCAACUUGCGUUAAAAGAAGAUAAUAUGAUAUAUAUUUCAAAUGUUGUAUGUGAAACUGAUAUUGUUCAUGAACAAGUAAUGAAACAAAAAUCUGGUAAACGAAAGGCUUUUAAUUCAACUGAAAGUCUUUCAGAAGAGGAAUGCAAUUUCGAAAGCCAAGUUUCGAAUUCAUCGAAAAGAUUCAAGUCAUCAACACCACCGUUGAUUGGACUUCCGAUUACACGUGUCUCAAACGAGUGUAUUGAUUUUGACAUGGGUCGUCAACAAUGA